CUGAGAUGGUUAAAAUCUUAGAUCCUUUUAUUGAUUUAUCAUAUGAUAAUUUUAUAAAAGAAUACAGUUCUGUCUGCUUUGCCUAUGAUUCUUUAAAUUCUAAGCAGAAAGCCAUUAAAUUGUAUAUGAAUUCAUUCUAUGGUGUGACGGGCAGAAGUGGUUCCCCAUUCUACAUACUCGAACUUGCUGGAGGUGUUACUUAGGCUGGGCAAGAAAUUAUCAAACGUGUUGCAGAGUACGUUAGAAAGAAAGGCUUUAGGAUAAAAUACGGUGAUACCGAUUCCUUAUAUCUCAUUUGUCCAGAUUCCUGCUA